AUGUAUCCGUAUGCAUACCAUGGCAACACUUCCUGUCAUUUGAAGAUAAUAGCGCCACCUGGGAUGAAGAUUGUCAUGCAUGUCAAAGCCUUCUUCACGAAUAAAGAAAUAAUCAGCGGAAGUGAUGGGUUGUUUAUAUUUGAUGGGGACGAACGUGCUGAAAAUAUGGUAGAAUCGUUUUGCGUAAAAAGUGAUAACAUGCGUCAUUCGUCAAUUACGCCGUCAAACAAGAGCAUCGCCGUAAAGAUAGUACAGCAACAAAAUAUAGUGAUUACAAGAUUAAUAUAUGACUUCUCACCAGUAAAUUGUGCAAGUGCGCCAUGCCUAUUCAACGGUCACUGUGUCGAAACUGCAGAUUCCUUUGAAUGCAUAUGCCCAAAUGGCACCAGUGGUAAAAGAUGUAAUGAGUACGUGGGUGAUUGUUACAGAAAACCGUGUAUAAAUGGAACAUGCGUUCCUGCAGGAGGCACAUCCGGUUACCAGUGCACUUGUUUCGCUGGGUUUACUGGAGCAAACUGUGAAUAUAAUAUAAACGAAUGUUUCAGUUCGCCUUGUAUCAAUGGCUUGUGUAAAGAUCUUAUCAAUGAUUACACGUGCAUUUGUAAUGACCCAUACACUGGCCGACAUUGUGAAAUCAACAAAAGUCUAGCGGAAUGUAGCAGCCAUAUUUGUCAUUAUGGCGCAUGCGCGAUGAACGAAUCCGGAUCCUACUGUCAAUGUUUCCCAGGAUUUACAGGUCUAUCCUGUGAUACUGAUAUUAAUGACUGUAAUGAUUCGCCUUGUUCGCAUGGAAAAUGUAAAGACCACGUAAAUAGUUACAGUUGUAACUGUUCGACAGGAUAUGCUGGGAAAAACUGUGAAAUUCUUGUAGCAGAUCCUUGCCGCGACAACCCAUGCUACCAUGGAUAUUGUUCAGUCAAUAAAAAUGGUUUUACCUGCAUAUGCGAAAGUGGAUUUACCGGUUCGAGAUGUGAAUAUGAAACAAGUCUAUGUUUAACAGAAUGUCGUAACGGUAAAUGUUUCAAUGUGAAUGGUUCCUCCUACCCUCGGUGUAUCUGCUAUCGUGGUUUUACAGGAACAUAUUGCGAGACUAAUUGUGAAAACAAUACAUGUAGCGUUGACAACACGGAUACUAACAUUUCUAUGAACAAAGACGGUUUUACUACCACAUCAAAGACCGGUAGAUAUUCAAAAUCUUAUCUAUCGCCUCUUCGAUACUUCUUUACUUCGCCAUCGAUUUUACCUUCAUUUUCAGUCACUAGAAUACAGGGACAUCCAAAUAUUCCGGUCACACUAACUACCAGACGCAAGCACUAUAAUCUUUAUCAGAACGUAUCUAAGUUGUCUCAUAAUCAAAUACAUAAACUUACAAGUCUGCAACCUUUACAACACACCAAUAAUAUGAUAUCGAAAACAAACGGAAAUACAAAUUCAACAAUGGCUGCAACCAUGUUUGUUUAUGCCACUAAAUCUUCAGGUUCUAAACAUAGACCUUCUGAAUCAUCUAAAGCACCGACUGGAUAUGUUCAAGCAAUAAAUGAAAUUAAAGCAUCUACUUCUGUAAGUCGUUUAAGUACAUAUCGCACACAUAAAACUGGCAAUGAUCUAACGACCAUAAAGACUGACCCAGUGCCAGGAACUAGUAAUACCUUGACAACAUUCAAAACGACCAGGCCCUCUGGUAAAUAUAUAGACACUUUUGUCACUCAUUUAGGGUUAGUGACAACCACAAACCCCUCCGUUUUAAAUGUGUUUAAAACUACACGUGCAUAUGCGCCUUCCAUGGCAGUAUCCUCAAAUGGACAUAGAUUGAAGACAGGCUUUCCUAAUUCAACUGCGUCAACAAAGCAUUGGCUAAAUACAAUUUCCUUAAAUACUUCAGCCUCAUCCCCGUUGUUUCAAACUAACUUUUCAAAUACCUCAUCUCCAACAAAAAAUUGGUUAGAAACAGUCUCACCAAAAAUUGCAAGUUCAACAAAAAACUGGCUAAAUUCAGCUUUUCUUCAAUCUUCAGCACCAAUAAAGUAUUCUGUAUCUACAACCCCGUCAAUGAUUGCAUCUUUAAUAAAACACGGGUUAAUUACAUCCUCACCAUCCCCUGUGUCGCAAACAAGCCAUUGGUUUAAAACAGCAGGUACUUUGAAUCAGGGUAAAUUUGAUGAUAUUUCUACAUCUAAUGUUCCGUAUCAGAUAUCUACUGAACAAAAGCACGCAUAUUUUGCAGCAUCAAGUCAUAGAGAAUCAAUAUCACCCGCUACAACUUUAACAACCGGAGAUCCAACAAUACAAAAUACCCAUGGAAAUUAUUCUGACAAAAUGAUAACUUCGACUGCUAUUGAUACAACUAAAAGUACCAAGCUAGAUGCUUCAAAAGAUACACCUACCAGCAUACCGGAAACAAGUUUCAAAAACAGGAAAACUACCAUUAAAAAUCCGAUAGCACAUUUUGAAAAACCAAACCCUACCAAACAUAAUGAAACAAUAACGACAUUGAAUGAUAAGCUUACUUCUACUGUUAUGAACAUGAAGAGGCCGGUUACAAGUGCUACACACAAUCAGACGAUGGACAUCCAUGGAACAUCACUGAGAUCUUUCACAAUUACCUAUAACAAAUUAUCUGUUACCAAAUCUACUUCUUCUGUUGACCAGCAAAAACAUCUUUCAUAUGUGGCUACAACGCAAGAAAGUCAUAAACUUGGCUCAUCUAAUGCUGUUACAGAAAAUGAUAACACAACUGACCAUGGCUAUGUCCACGUAGAGAAUACUUCCACAGUGGCUACAAAAGGCGACACUGUUAGUGACGUUAUCACUGUGGAAUCAGUUAUAAUUGGAGCGUUGUUCGUUGCUCUGAUAUUGGUUGUGUCUGUUGCCGUGUUUAUGCUCUAUCAACGACAUCGAAGUGGCACGUUGUAUAUUACGUCUCCACGUCAUUCAAUGGGUAGAAAUAUUAGAAGCGUCAAAGAUUUGUAUUCAGAAAGGACGAAUGCUGCUGAUGUUAGAACAAGGCAAGAGUUAAAACCUCGUGGUGUUUCCAGCAAGCUGUAUGAUAGACAGCAAAACGUUAGAUCCUCCGUUUACAACAUUCCAACACGGAAAGUUAGAACGAAGUUGUCACCGAGCAGCAGUAGUGCUUCAACUAGUCCAACUUCUUCACGGUCUGACAACUAUGAUGAUGUCGAGUCACCCAACUUGGACAUUCCGACCAGCAUACGACGUCUCGUGCCUAGAAAUAGAUGCGUAGUUAAAGAUAGGAAUGUUGUUGAUAUUGCCCGUGGAGAUGGCGUUAUAUCACCUGGAGGGAUCUCGCGAAGGAUGACAAAUUGCGACAAUAAAUGUUUGGCGGGGAAAAUGCAUCAGAAAGAAAGCAGGCUGUCUAGCACCAACCCGUUUCACAGAAGAGGCGAUGGAACUGUUGAACUGAGUCUGUCUUCGAAAUAUAAAAGUCACACACAGGAAGAAUUUGAGUCAUUAUUAGAUGACAUUUUAAAUGAAGAAGAAUAUCAACAUCUUCGGACCCCAGGAAAAAGGAAGUCCAUUUUCAAUAUUUCUGGAACAGGUGGCGGCAAAAGUGAGGCAUAGAAAACUCAAAUUGAAUAAUUUGAAUUAUAUGUUAAAAGAAAUGGCAACAAUUAAUAUCUACAUGUAUGAAUUCACAACCAUA